ACAAAGCAAUCGGAUCUGGUCGCCUGAGAUCAGGCUGGCCAAUAACCUGAGAACUUCCCAGCCCCAAAAAGCCAGUAGGAGGGUCUCUUUAUACCCAAUCGUUAAGGAAUGAAACAGGGGAUUUAAGAAGACACAAGGAAGUAUUUGGAAAAAUAGAAUAAAUCGUCCCAAGCCUAAAAAGGUAAUAAAUCUAAUGAAGGAAAGCCAAGAUACAAAAGAAAUAAUACAAAAAAUAAAGUUCGAGUUCGUCAAGCCAAGCUCUAACACCUACAAGGCAUACAGUCGUAAAAUUAUGAACUCAAGCGAUGUGUGGAACACUUUUUCCGAAAACCGUGAAAUUUCUACACUCCAAAUCGACCGAGCAAAAGAAGACGUAAUACAGGUCAUUAGGGAUUACUGAAGUAAACCAGUCCAAAAAUCAGACCCUUUGGUGAAGAACCUGUUAAAGAACCAGAAUAUUUUCAAAGCUUUUAUUACUGAGAAGCUCCUUCUUAAGAAACAGUUAAAAGCAAGGGAGGAUGGAAAUAUCCUCAAAAAUCAAUAUAUUGAUGAACUACUCGAAAUAUUGAAUGACGAAGAAUUCUACUAUUCUGUUGUCGAAGCUGCACUUGAGUUCUGUCCAAAAAGAAAAACUCGAAGAAAAUAAGACAGACACCAAAUUGUUUGACAGUAUGCGAAUUUCUCCUGAAGGAAAGACUAGCACCGGCACGAAUUCUAUUAUACUAAAUUUACAGAAUACACACCAAAAGACAGUUGAGUCAACAAUUGGAUCAGCAGAUGAGGCAUCAAACACUAAAAUCAUUAAGCCCAUUCAAAGGAUUGAUACGAUAAUUGACUUGAGUAAAUAAAAUUCCUGUACGGAAAGAUACCCACAUGAAGAUCUCUAGUUAUAUGAGAAAGCAGAUCAACUUUAAAGGUCAUCGACAAAGUGAUAUGAGGAAACCAAGCAAGUUUCAACAGUCUGAAGAGGAAGAGAAACAUAGGACGAGAAGGGAAAUCCAAAGGAGCUGAUUCUCUUCGGCAAAUAUUACUAGAGAUUUACUGCCUGAAGUAAAUGAUAACGAUGGCAAAAACGAGCUUAAUAAUACUUUCAAGAAUCCCAGAAAUAAUAAAGCCAAAUAUUUCAAAGCAAGAAAUAUAGCCAACAACACCACCCUCUACGGCACCUUACACAAACUAAGCAUCCUCAAAUCCACCUUACCCACUUCCAAACCCCCCAAAUCCACCUUUCUCACCCAAAACUCCCCUUUAGAACCCCAAAAUUCCCCUCCCUUCACUAACCCCAAAAUGCCAAAAGCCCCAAAAAUCCUCUCUAUUAGCCCCACUCCUACCACCCAGCCCCUCUAAAGGCCAGUUCAGGGAUUCAGUGAAUUUGUGCAGGUAUGCAAGAAAAUUCAGAAUGAGUAAACAUGAACUCCAAAGUAGCAAACCUCCUAGCAAAUUCCCAUAAAAGGAAAUGUCCAUUUCGAAUCCUCCAAAAAGAAUCUCUCCAAUCAAAACCCAAACUACGAAAGAAAAUAUUCUCUUCUCGAAGACACAAGAACACUAUGAGAAACUUCUCAAUGAAAAUCUAAUUAACUCAAUAAA